UACGGAAAGAACACACACGUUAGCGGGUUUUUCCCCCCCUCAUUUUCUGAGCUAUCCACACACACACACAAAAAAACUCCGGACUUUCGCCGAUGACUCGGCGUCACAUCGACGCACAGAAGAGCUGCGCACAGGUGGUGUUUCGGGGAUCGAAUGGGUGGAAAGAAGAAGAAAUCGGCGGUGCAAGCGGCCGCUGCCAUGGCCCCAUCAUCGGCAGCAGCGGCCGCGGGCAGGACCGGCGCUGCGCCGGCGGAAGAGCCGAAGAAACAGCCAGCCAACAACAACACCAGCAAACCGGCCAAAGACAACAAGUCUAAAGCUCCAAAGACCUACAGUCUUGCCAACACUUCCCAGGUUGACACGGGGGGACUCGCAGACAAGUCGAUUCUUAAAGUCGCUAUCCAAGCUGAACUAGAGAAGAAGAUCAUCAAGCUGAUCAACGACUUCAGAGAGGAGAAUGGGGACAAAGGACCCAUAUCGGGCAGACUUACCAACAAAAAGUUGCUGGAUCUCUACACAGCUCUGCAGAAGUUCAACUUCAAGAGAGAGCACAUUGAGGAGGCGAUGAAGAGCAGUGUGCUGUACGGAGGGGAUCUCCACUCCGCUCUCGACUGGCUGUGCCUCAACCUCAGAGACGAGGAGCUGCCAGAAGGUUUUACCCAGCAGAUGCAGGAGGAGAGUCAGAGGAGCAGGCCCAAGUUCCAGCCUCCGGUCCAGGAGAAACCUGCACCCCCGAGCCCCAAAGCACCCAGCAACCAUCGCAGGAAGCCCGCCGCGGUGACGGAGAAGGAUGACGCUGCCAGCAUGAAGGAUUGGAUCUUACGGUAUGCAGAGCAGAGCAGUGACGAGGAGGAGGAAGAGGAAGUAGCGAAGAAGACGCACAAUCCUGAACUGGAGGAAAAGUUUGAUCCAAACGACCGGUAUUUGGCUCUCACUGCUCAAUUGUAUGACGCAAAAGAAAUGGCAGCUACUACCAAGGCAAAAGGAGAUAAGGCGGGCCAGAGGAUGGCACAGGACCGGAUACGCGUCAUUCAGCAAGAAAUGAAGCCACUGGAGUCCCACCCCGUGUUCAACCCAGCUAUCAAGGUGGUGGACGUGCCUCAGAAGGAGAAGAAGACCCUUCCUGUCAGCGAGAACAAAGAGGAUCCCAACUUCAACUUAUUUGAGCAGACUGAAAAGGCCCCUCCAGCGGCAAAAGUGCCGAAAAAGAACGAGCCAAAGGACAUCCGUAAUUUUGACUACACAGCUCGCAGCUGGACAGGAAAGUCCCCCAAACAGUUCCUCAUCGACUGGGUCCGAAAGAACCUGCCCAAGAGUCCGGCGCCGGCGUUUCACAAGGUCGCUGCUGGCAGAUACUGGAGAUCCAAGGUGCGCGUGCAGAGAACCGAGGACGUUCUUGAAGUCUGUCCAACGAUCUUGACGGAGGACAGCAUGCAGGCUCAACAUCUGGCAGCCACCCUGGCGCUCUACACCCUAGUUAAAGGACAGUCCGUGCACCAGCUGCUCCCUCCAACCUACAGAGACGUGUGGCUGGAGUGGAGGGACAGCGAGCAGCACCAGCGGGAAGAGAGUCGCACCGCUGCCAACAAGCCCCGGGACCAGUUCAUCUCCCGGCUUCUGACCAGACUCAAGCAGCAGCAGCAGCAGCAGGGCCAGGACCCGUCGGUCCUGGAGUCAGGCUCCCGGGGCCAGGGCGGGCACGGCAGUGCUGGGGACGAAGAACCCGAAGAGUCCUGGGAGAACCUGGCCGCUCUUGACGCCGCGGGGGGAGGUGAAGAACCGGAGGACAAGAGUGAGAACAGAGGGAGGGCGGAAGGGGCACUGGAGGCGUCCAGAGAGCUCCUAAUGAAGCUCAAGAAGUCCCCGCUGGCCCUCAAACUGAAGGCACAGCGAGAGCAGCUCCCCGUUUUCCAACAUCGCCAUCGCGUCCUGGAGGCCCUGCGGCGCCACCCGGUGGUGGUGGUGGCCGGGGAGACGGGCAGCGGCAAGAGCACCCAGAUCCCUCAGUUCCUCUUGGAGGAGAUGCUGGCCGGCGGCAAAGCGGCGAAGCCGUGCAACAUCGUGGUGACGCAGCCCCGCCGGAUCUCCGCCAUGAGCCUGGCCUGCAGGGUCAGCGAGGAGAUGGGCUGCGAGGAUGGGCCGGGGUCAAAGUCGUCGCUGUGCGGGUACCAGAUCCGGAUGGAGAAUCAGUCCGGGGAGUGGACCCGCUUGCUGUACUGCACCACCGGGGUCCUGCUCAGGAAGUUGCAGCACGACCGGCACCUCAGCUCCCUGACGCACAUCAUCGUAGACGAGGUCCACGAGCGCAGUGUCCAGUCAGACUUCCUGUUAACCAUCCUGAAAGACGUCGUCAUGAGGAGGUCGGACCUGCAGCUGAUCCUCAUGAGCGCCACAGUGGACUGCUGCAAGUUCUCCAACUACUUCAACCGCUGCCCAGUGAUCAGCAUUCCCGGGAGGACCUUCCCCGUGGAGGUGUUCCACUUGGAAGACAUCGUGGAGCAGACGGGCUACGUCCUGGAAAAGGACUCGGAGUACUGCCAGAAGAUUCUCGAAGAGGAGGAGGAGGUUAGCAUCUCCGUCUCCCAGAAGGGGGGCAGGACCGGCCAGCACCAGGAGGUGAUAUCGAGGGACUCCUCUUCCGGCUGGGACCUGGGCCCAGAUCUCGACCACUUCAGCAGCAGGACUCGGCAGGCGUUGCAGUACAUGAACCCCAAUAAGAUCAACACGGACCUGCUGGUGGACCUCAUCGACUAUCUGGACAAAUCCCCGCAGUUUGCGAAGCUGGACGGCGCCGUCCUCGUGUUUCUGCCGGGCCUGGCUCACAUCCAGCUGCUGCACGACCUGCUCACCUCGGACAAGAGGUUCAGGGACAAAAACAGGUACAGGAUCGUCGCGCUGCACUCCACCCUCUCGUCCAAGGACCAGGCCGCUGCCUUCACGGUGCCACCGGCUGGAUUCAGAAAGAUUGUCCUGUCGACUAACAUCGCCGAGACAGGUGUGACUAUUCCCGACGUGGUGUUCGUCAUCGACACCGGAAAGACCAAAGAAAACAAGUACCACGAGAGCAGCCAGAUGAGCUCCCUGGUGGAAACCUUUGUUUCCAAAGCGAGCGCCCUGCAGAGGCAGGGCCGAGCGGGACGAGUCCAAAACGGCUUCUGCUUCAGGCUCUAUCCAAAGUUCCGGUUCGACGCCUUCAUGGACUACUCCGUUCCGGAGAUACUGCGCGUCCCGCUGGAGGAGCUCUGCCUUCAUAUCAUGAAAUGUCAGUACGGCUCCCCGGAGGAGUUUCUGAGCCGGGCCCUGGAUGCCCCUCAGCCCCAGUCGGUCAGCAACGCGGUCAACCUGCUGAGGAAGAUCGGCGCGUGUCGCCCCGACAGUCACCUCCUCACCCCUCUGGGGCACCACCUGGCGGGUCUGCCGGUCAACGUGAAGAUCGGCAAGAUGCUGAUCUACGGCGCUAUCCUCGGCUGCCUGGAGCCCAUAGCAACCAUCGCGGCCGCCAUCUCGGAGAAGUCUCCCUUCUCCACGCCCAUGAACAGGAAGGAGGAAGCCAACCUGGCCAAAGCCGCCCUGGCAUUGGCCAACUCUGAUCACCUGACCAUAUACAAUGCAUACCUGGGGUGGAAGAAGUCCCAGACUGACGGACAAAGAGCAGAAAUGUCCUUCUGUAGACAACACUUCCUCAAUCGCACAGCUCUCAUUACAAUCGAGAGUGUGAAGCACGAGCUGAUGAGGAUGAUGGAGCAGGCGGGCUUUUGGUCGUCUCGCUCCAAGCCCCAGGCGGCGGCGGCGCCGGCGCCGGCGGCGGCGCUGUCCAGGCACCAGAUCUCCGUCCUGAACGCGGUGCUGACGGCGGGGCUCUACGACAGCGUGGCCCGCGUCCUCUGCACCCCCUCCGUGGACGUGCUGGAGCGAGUGGUCUGCACGGUGGAGACGCCCCAGGGCAAGGCGCAGGUCCACCCCUCGUCGGUGAACCGCAACCUGCAGACGCACGGCUGGCUGCUGUACCAGGAGAAGGUGAAAUACUCCAAGAUCUACCUGCGGGACACCUCCCUGAUCUCUCCUUUCCCCGUGCUGCUGUUCGGAGGCGACAUCGAUAUCCAGCACAGAGAGAGGCUCAUCUCAGUAGAUGGAUGGAUCCUCUUCCAGGCUCCCGUACGGAUUGGCGUGAUCUUCAAACACCUGAGGAAGCUGAUGGACUCGCUGCUGGAAAAGAAGCUGGAGAACCCGAGGAUGAGCCUCGAAGGGGAGAGGACCAUCCACACGAUCCUGGACCUGAUCAAAUCAGAGUGACGUCGCAUCUGGUUGCCAUCGAAGGCACACCUGGUGUUGAGGCGCCCGAUGAACUGCCCGCAGACGGAUGGACACCCUGAAGAUGAACCACGGAGAAGUCUCACUCACAUUGAGGAGGACUGCAUCCAAUGGGAUGUGGAAAUUCGAGAGCAAAAAAAAUAGAAAAUGAUGACAAAUGUGCUGGGAAUAAAGAUGUACACAUUUUUA